AAUGGGACACUGGGGUGGAGGGUACACGCGGAGGUGGUGGGGCGCGUCGCCCGGACAGCUGAGAGGCCGCGAAACCAGCUGCUCACAAAGGGGGCGAGUCUAGGAUUACCGGGCCGUUGAGUUCCCCCGUUACUGUACUUCUGGAGGCCGGGUGAGCAAGAUGUGUGAACGGGUGCUCCGGGGUGCGAGUGGCGACUGUCGUUCGUUUCAUCCGGCGCGACAGUAGAGGUUGCGCAAUUGAAUGCGCACUGGCACAGCAUACAAAUAUGGACGUCUGGUGGAUGGUGAAAAUUUUGUGUAUGGGACUUUUCCGAAGGUAAAGUCUUUGACCAGGGACUUCAGUUAUUAAUUUAAUUGUGAUCAGUGUGUGGAGUGAAGUUUGAAGAAUUGGUGAGUGCUGUUUGUGCGGAUAAGUGCAUGAAGGAAGAUGGAAAAUAUGGGGGAAAUGGCCGAACAGCAGUCGCUUAGCGAACCAUUACCGGAGUCGGUCGAUUCGCCAGCCGCAUCUACGCAUGCCGGACUCAGCAUGUCUCCGACGGAGCUCAGCCCCACUAUUUCACGCUCUGCCGUGGCUGGGUCAGUGCCCACUUCCCACGAGUCACUCACAGAGUCGGGGUCGGGAGAGCAGACUCAUAUUCAAAUCAAGGAAGAGCUACCGACUAGUGCCGAAGACCUAUCAGCGGAAGGAGCCGUCAGUCUAGGGAGCGAUACUACAAAGCAAGAGAGCCUAUCUGUGAUAGUACAGCCACAGGACGAUUCGCAUGAUUCAGAACUGCUAAGCCCGGGCAAACUUUCGCCUACUUCGGGUAUUUCUGUUAGUGUUGCCAGUAUGAUUGACGCCACAGAUUUUCGUACUCUUCAACCGGAGCCAACGUAUCAGACUUUGACCUCCGUGAACGGCAGAAUGUCACCGCCUGGAUUUAGCCCCAGUUCGUCGUACGCUACCCUCACACCUUUGCAACCACUUCCUCCCAUUUCUACCAUGUCAGAAAAAUUUGCGUACGGGCACGCGAGUAAUGUGUCUGGUUCUUUUACGGUUAUGCAGAACAACGGACUUGGUAACAUAGGGCUUGGUAUGGGCGUCAAUUCUUAUAGUUACGACAAACUUCCUCCGAUGGGAAUGUCGCCGCCGCAUCAUUAUUCUUCUCCGAACAAUGGUUUAGGAACCAUCAGCAUUCCACAACAACAUUCCCCUCUUUCUCCUCAAAGUUCAUACAGUCAAAAUGGUCUACAUUCGCCACAGAAAAGCAUGUCUCCUAACAGUUACGACUCACCUUACACUCAACGUGACUUAGUGGGACGAACCACACUCGUGGCUCAACAGAGUCCGACAUUGAGCCCGCCGUCGGCUUCGCUCCAUUCACCCCCGAACUCUAUUGUGACAAGUUUUGUGGGCACGACAACUCCGCUCCCUACCGCUAGUCUACCAACAAUCAACGGUUUGGCAACAAUCACACCGCAUUCGGCGGUGGUUUCACCCCAUCAUUCUCCACCUCCACUGGUCGCUCAGCAGAUACAGCGAGAGAACGUGGUUGUCGCUUCACCGUCACCUCCCAGCUUCGUAACUCAACAGCAACAACAACCGCCACAACAGCAGCAGCCGCAACAACAACAGCAACCGCCACCGACUACUGUUACUGUCAAGACAGUACCUACGUCUAGCGGCGGCGGUCUGGUAGGCAGUGGAGGUGUUGGGUUAGGUGUCGGGACGGGAGCGGGGGCCAGUGAGGUGGAGGAAAUUAACACGAAGGAAUUAGCUCAGAGAAUAAGUGCUGAACUGAAGAGGUACAGCAUUCCGCAGGCGAUUUUUGCCCAGCGCGUGUUAUGUCGUUCUCAAGGCACGCUCUCCGAUCUCCUGCGGAACCCGAAGCCCUGGUCAAAGCUGAAGUCAGGUCGUGAGACAUUUCGUCGUAUGUGGAAAUGGUUGCAGGAGCCCGAGUUCCAGCGGAUGUCCGCUCUACGCCUGGCAGCAGCAGAAACGGCAGCAACGACAACCGUCCUGCCUCCCCCCGGCAGCUGCACAGAGUACACGCUACCCCCUCGAGCUCCGCCCAGCGGCCCCUCUCCUCAGUCCCGCAACAGGGGUAAGAGCUGGAAUAUAGCUGACAACGAAUACUGCACAAUGGAGUACCCUACCUUUGAAGUGAAUGGAAACAAAACGACCAUCAAAAGAAAUGCAAGUUACAAUUGCGCGACAACUGGGUCUUGAACCAACAACUGUGGGUAAUUUCUUCAUGAAUGCACGUCGCCGUUCUAUGGAUAAGUGGAAAGAUGAAGAUCCCAGUAAAAGUACAGUAGUCUCCCAUGACAGUCAACAGCACUCCCCAGGAUCAACAGGGGUCAUCUCCGGGCACAAUCAAUCAAUCCCUCAGCAGCAGCAGCAACAGCAGCAAAAUCAACAGCAGCCACAGCAACAACCAGACAUAUUGUGACAUCAUGCAAGUUACCCUAUGCGAGAACAGCAACACCAGCAGCUUGUGUUCCUAUGAAAGUAACAAUCAAGCACGAAUGUUGGAUGUUGGACUCUGAAUCUUUUCUUGUAAAGAUAUUCUUUUGACGAGGGGAAACUGAGUGAACUCUUUGUGACAUGGUGCAAGAAAGAUAUUAAGUUUUAAACGUUUACAUAGUUUAAACGUGAUUCCCCUCUGAUUCACAAAGGAGCUAAACAUUCUAUGACAACUAGUGAGACUUUUAUUAUCUUGUUUAUUUAUUUGCCCAUUUCUAUGAGAGAUUUCAGUUGAAUUUAUCAAAGGUAAAUUUGUAAAAAGUGUUUAUGGUAUUGUACCAUUCUUGAGGCCUUUAGUUCAACUCAAAAUUAUGUGGCAAAACUAGUUCACACAGUGUAAUCUCUAAGCCAGCUAUCUUUUAAAAAGACUCGUGAGCACAACUUUGACAAAAUGGUUUUGUUUCUUGGAGGUAGAGAAUAAUUUACAAGAUGACACAUGAAAUCUAAAUUUAAUCUUCCAUAUUGACUUUUGACAGAAAUAUUAUUUCAAAAGAUAAAAAAAUUGAUCUCAGGGGCUUGAAUGUAAAUUGAAAAUUUGAUUAGAAAAAUCCAGUGUAAUAUGGAAUCUGUUCUGGAAUGUUGUCAACUCUUGCUAAGCUGCUACCCUCCUAGAACCAAAACUCUCAUACGUUGAACUCGGCUUAUUGUACAGGGCUGGUAGCAGGAGAAUUAGGUUAUUUUGUAAUAUUGAUCCAAUAUAUUUGACCAAAUGACCAUCUAUUACACUAAUUAAAUUAGUCUAGUCAAAAGACAAGUCUAGUCUGUGUAAAAGUCACAUUUUAUUUCAUGUGUUCAUAUUAACCAAAGUAUUACAAUUAUCUAUUUUAGUAGGUUUAUUUAAUUUUGUAUUUGUUGUGAUACAUUUAUAUUAAAUACAAACCUAGUCAUGAUUAGUUUUAAGAUAGAGUAAAGAGUUAGUGAAACUCUUCACUCCACAUAAGUGUUUUCAUCGUAGAAUUCAUUGAAAAGAAUUUUUAUUCCAUUCCCAAUACAAAAAGGAUAUAUGAAAAUGUUUUCACGGGUUAUGUGACAAACCAUAAGUCUGUAUAUUUUCAAAACUAUGAUAUCAUGAAGAAAGUUUCCAUGAUAUCGUUGAUCACUGUACAUUGGACUCAAAAGUUAAGACAGUGACCCAAUGCAAAGCAACUUGUAGUGAAGGUUCACCUAAGUAACUGAGCAAUAGCCUUUUUUGUGUGUUGCUGUUUGUCCUUGGUGUUUAGUGCCCUUGCACGCAGAGACCUCUCAUGAAUCCUCAAGUCAGCAGAACUGAGGGAGGCAACUGAGCUACCAGCAGCUUCAAGUUGGUGGAUUAUGCUCCCCACUCAGCAUUCCAGUCCUCUGGACCAAUUAUUCAUUUGAUCUCAUUUGCAUCAUAUCUCAUAAACAUUCUCUUACAGAAAAUGGUAAUUUAUUUACAUUAUUUAUGUAUUUGUACAGUAUAAAUUUAUUAAUAAAUGUUAUUAAUUUUAUUUACUUCUUUUGAGUGUUGGCACCUCUGUUACUAAGAAAUUGAAUUGAUGCAACCAUUUGUUAACUAAUUUAUUUUUCAACCUGUGUAGUUUUACUUGAAAUUUUUGUAGAAUAUAUACAUUUGUUCUUUGUGUACAUACUACUUUGUAAAGAGUGCACAUAUGCAAAAAGUUUGCAGUCAACUUAUCCCACAUGUUGUGGUCCCCCGUACACCCCAUGUUCACGAAGGUAGCUAUGUUGCUAGGAGUGUGAUUGAUUGCUUUUUGGAUUGACCAAUAUCUUAUUCUACUUGUCCCUUUGUUAUAGACUAGCGCGAGGUUUUUCUAGGUUGUAUAUACGAAGUCAGUGUCUAGCACUGCAGUACCUGUCAAAUGACUCACUACCUGGAUUAUUUAAAAAUCCAAUGACUUGCUCUGAAUGAACAAGAAUAUAUCUUAAAAUAUUUUAAAAUGACUCAUCAUACGUAUUGAGUCGACUUAGUAAUUUGUCUAUUAGAAAUGCACAGAUUUUUACAUUUUUAUAGCAUACUUCAUUUGUAGCCAAACUAUGAUAUUCUUCUUUUCUACUUCAUUACAAAAAGCUCAAUGUUAAUGAAAUCCAGAUAGAACAGAAUUAAGUUUGUCUUUGUUUUUUUUUGUUGGAAUGGAUUUCAUCGUAUCCAAUGACAAUGCUGCCAUUAAGUUUGGCUGUUCCUUGUACCAUUCAGAGAUAUUGAAUACUGAAGUCAGCUAAUUAUGUCAAGCAAUCUGUUGGCGAUGUGCACAAACUGUACAAACAGUUCCUACAAUGGCAAGCACCGAAAGCACUGCAACCUCAAAGUUCCAAAUCAUGAGGCCAGAUUUGGAACAAAUUUUGAAUGUACUUCUCACUUAAGUUCUAUUCAAGGCCUCUUCUCGUACUGUCUUUUCAUGAUUUUAGAGAUAUUCACACCUUUGAAAUUUAGAUCCACAAUAUUCAUAAUUACAAUUAGAUAUAUCUCAAACAAUAACACAUUUGAGAAAAAAAUGCCUUCCGGUUCUUGCCAUGUGCAUUAAGUCUGUACUGUGCAAUAAUGGUUAUUUUCCGUUUUGGUGUGAAUUGUAUCUUAACAACAUAUCAUUGUGAAUUUAUGUGUUGAGGUAGGAUGCUAAAACUUGCCCAUGUACUACAAACAUUAUAUCUAGAACAGAUACAUGAGUUAUAGAAAAAGACAGAGUUUAUAUAGUGAGUUCAAGGGUAAGUUGACAGCAUCUUACAUAUCACAAUCUGCUCUUAUAAAGUGCAUAUUGCAUUUUGAGUGAUUUUAGUCAUUAAGUCACAAAUUUCUUUUAGUGAAGCAAAAAGUUGUGAAUAUAAUAAUGAACAGCUCCAGGUGCAGACUGUGUUGUAGGAAGAAUGUUUUCUUCGAAAUAAAAAUUCCACUUUGAAACUGAAAGAUCAAGUCAUUGUGACCACACACCCAAACACUAACAUACACAUACAGAAAAUGAUAUUAUAUUUAACAUUCCACAACAGGUCACCAGUUCUAGAAGUUUGGGACUGUGUCAAUAGAAGGUAGAAACUAAGGGCAAGUAUUGCUACUGUAAGUAGCUCCUCAGCUCCAGCAUUGUUUUCAUAGAAGACUGUGUGGUUAGCUGAGGCUAAAAUGAAAAAGUGGCCCAGCAGCUUAGGUGCCAACACGGUGCUGCACCCAGGGUUUGACUCUGACACUUGUCAGCAAAUGCCAGGGAGAAUGAAAUAAGAGCAAUUUAAAAAUAUAUCCAAUAUAUAUAUAUAGAUCAACCGAAGCAUUCAUAAAGAGCACAAUGAAAAACCACUAGAGGCAAUGUGUAGUUGAAAAAUGAGUUGUAAAUUUAAUAUAAUGAAAAGAUUUUACAAAAUAUAUCGAUUGAUUCUUAUUUUACAAAUAUAGCAAAAUGAUAGCCUAUAAUUAGUGGAUCAGAUCUAAUUCGGUUUGCCAGUUUAAAAGGAAUGUCAAGUUAAAAACUGUUAUGUAAGGCAAUGCUAUGCAUAGUAACAAGUACCCCAACAUACCUAAAAGUAACAAGAAAUAUAAAUGAAGCUAAUAAUAAUUUUCAAGGAAAAUUAUUUAUUUGUCAAUUUUGUUACAUACAUUAUAGCAAAUUUUUAUUUAGAAUGCAUAUUCUGUGCCAAUCUGAUAUGUAAAGGUAUACUAUCACCUCAAUCAUAUUUAUUUCAUAUGAAAAUCGGACCAAGUAAAAGUACUCGAGCUUAUGGUAGCAUUUGGAUGUCAUUUUGAAUUUCUAUUGAUAUCAAUGUAACUUCUGGGACCCAUGUUGCACAUUUUCAUUGAGCAUCAAAUGUUUCUCAUUGUUAAGCAAUACUGUUUUUCCUCAGUUACGGAAAAUGCUGCAGCAUAAUCUCAAUAAAUUGACUAGUGAUUCAUGUUAACCUCAUCACUGUUUCUUGCUAUAGUUAGGUUCCAAACUGUGCAAACUUGGGGUGUUUAGACUAAACACUUGAGUUAUAUAACUACCGAUUGAGACUUUUAGGGGCAAUAGUGAAUCACAAAAGAAACGAAAAUGAGAAUGGUGCUAUACCAUUCCUUGCUCUUACAACAAGUGAAUUCUGCCACGGGCAACAUGGUAAAAAAAGGGGCACCUUCAUUCGUUUCUGCCCAUGAGCCUUAUAUAAAAUAGUGUACCACUGUUUUGUAUGAUAUACACUCAUAUAUUGGGUAGUAGGUGUGAAGAUCAAUCAUUCAAUCAGAGAAAUAGUAAUGCCUGCUUGACUGAUGAUAAAUGGUAGUGAAGGUAAAAUCUAUCUUUCGGACGAAAAGUAUAUUUUGGUUUUUCAUACUUAACUUAUAUGCACUUGCUGUAUUUGUAAAGUAACAUAGCAAAUAAGAUUUUGUGCUGUUUUGACAAUAAUCCUAAAUGAAAUUCAAGAAGGACAUUGCAUAACUUUAUUUUUAAAACCUUGAUUUCACACAACCCAACAUAUGUGUGUUUGUUCCUUAGAAUGUGAUCCCCUUUUAUUUGUUAUCAAGAACAUGAUGUUUUAGUUUUAAAUACAUAUUUUAUGUGCUAUAAUGAAAUGUACAACAUUAUUUAAGAUAACAUAAUUAAAUUGUGAUUAGAAACAGA